AUGGCUGUAAACAACUACCUCAACACUUUUCCUGAGUUGAAUAAGCUCUCCCAAAACCUGGAAGCGAAAACUGUUAAAAGAUAUACUUCGAACAUUAAUCAGGUAAUUAUUUGUUUCAUCGUCGGUUUUUAGAUUAUAAAAGUACAUAUUGUAUCGUUUUAAUGGUACUUUUUGUAAUCUGACUACAAAUGUGUUAAAAUUAUCGACAAAAUCUUAACAAUUUAUAAAAUUAUAUACUUUUUCCAGGCAUUUACCGUUUCAAUAAUCGGCAAGAAAUUUGAUAACGGUAAAGUGGUUGAUGUUGCAAACGCAAAAAGUUUUUGUAAGAAGAUAAUCAUCGAUACGGGAGUUCAUAUCGAAAUCAGCACCACAAAGACUAAAGCCGAUAUGACUUUCAUAUUGAAUGGUAAACAGACCAACGUGGAAGAAGCUAAGAAAAGGAUAGUCUCUAGUAUCCAGACGCAGGUAAUUGCAUUAAUAUUGGAACCAUUAUAA